CCACUCCCAAAUCCCGAUGCAAUAACCCACCCCCUACUUCCAAAGGCAAAGAAAAUGUCCCUCUUCACCAAAACAAUCCACAUCACCGCGCACCCGCCGCCGCGCACCCUCUCCGACAGCAAACUCAUCCUCUCCGCGCUGCAGAAAUUCGGCGAAGUCGUCACCUUCCGCAAUUUGAGGUACGACAUAACAAACCCCCCAACCACCACCACCACCACCACCCGCCCGCAAUCCCACAGCAUAAUCGCCAUCUACGAAUCUGCCGCCGCCGCGACGGCCGCCUGCGCUGCCUCCCCGUUAGCGAUCCCUCUUACCCCGGACGCCCACGCCCAGCACCAUCAGCACCACAGCCUACAAGCACAGUCACAGUCCCAGUCACAGUCCCAGUCCCAAGCACAACCACAAUCCCAACCACAAUCCCAACCACAGAAACAAAAACAAUACUACACCCCGCUCCCCCUCCCGCCGCAGCAACAACCUGCACACGCACCCCCAGACGCAGCAACACACUACUACCCCUCAGCACAAAACCCCCACGCCACACCAUCCGGGCCACCCGACGAAGACCCCACAACCACAACCAUACGAUGCACCCUGACCGCCUCGCGCACCAACCACGCCGCGGCCAUACGACGGAACCCCUGGUCCGCGGGGUUCGAGAUCGAGAGGACGAGUCACCCGCGGAUGUAUGAGGAUCUGGUGCGGGCGGGGAUUCCUCUCAAAGAGUUGGCGGAUGGGCCGGCGGGGCGGAGGAAGGCGGUGGCGCAGCCGCAUGGGCGGCGGCAGAGGGUGGAGGCUGAAACGGUGCGGUGGGGGGCGGCGAGUUUGAUGGGGUUGUUUGGGGAGGGGCAUGGUAGUAGUAGUAGUAGUAGUAGUAGUCAUGGUGGUGGUGUAGGGAGGGGGAAUGGGGGGACGGGGGAGGAGGAGUAG